GCGGCGAGGAGCGCCGGCGAGCGCAGCCCGGGACCCGGCGAGGCGGCGCGGGUUGGCGGGGCCGGCAGCAGCUGGAGUGAGAGCGCGACGCGACCGCGGCUUCCCGAGCUCCGCUUGGCCGCCCGUCGCCGCAGCCCGCCCGGGGCCUGGAGGGGUCUGGGCCGCCGUCCAUGGUCGCGGCGUCCUGAAGCGGGGGACGCACCCGGCAGCCCCCAGCCCUCCUCCGCCUCCUCCGGUCCGGUCGGCGGCCUCCUCCGGCGCCUGCCCGCCGCCUCCCUCCCUCCCUCCCUCCUUCCCCUGCGGCUCCCCCGGCUUUCGGGAGCCCGGGGGCGGCCUGUGGCGCGCCGAACCCGCCGCCGGACUGCGCCUCUUUGGACCUUGAGGGGGAACCAUGCGCUUGGCUCGGAUCGUUUUAAAUUCUUAGUUUGGGAUCCCCGCCCGCCUGCCUCUUCCGCCCCACGGGUUUUCUUUUUUUUUCUUUUUUCUUUUUUUCCCCCCUCCCGAUCUCCUUUUUGACUCCCUUCCCCUUUAUGCUCGCCCAGCCCUCUCCCCGCCGCUGAGAAGUGGGGGAGGGCCUCGGCCUCCAGGUUCCCGCCCCACCGGGGCCCGGGCGAGCAUGGGGGGCAAGCAGAGCACGGCGGCCCGGUCCCGGGGGCCCUUCCCGGGGGUCUCCACUGAUGACAGCGCCGUGCCCCCGCCGGGAGGGGCGCCCCACUUUGGGCACUACCGGGCGGGCGGUGGGGCCAUGGGGCUGCGCAGCCGCUCCGUCAGCUCGGUGGCGGGCAUGGGCAUGGACCCCAGCACGGCCGGAGGGGUGCCCUUUGGCCUCUACACGCCCGCCUCUCGUGGGACCGGCGACUCGGAGAGGGCGCCCAGCGGCGGAGGGUCCGCGUCCGAAUCCACCUAUGCCCAAGGCAAUGGUUACCAGGAGACCGGCGGCGGUCACCAUAGAGACGGGAUGCUGUACCUCGGCUCCCGAGCCUCGCUGGCGGAUGCUCUACCUCUGCACAUCGCACCCAGGUGGUUCAGCUCGCACAGCGGUUUCAAGUGCCCCAUUUGCUCCAAGUCUGUGGCUUCCGAUGAGAUGGAAAUGCACUUUAUAAUGUGUCUGAGCAAACCUCGCCUCUCCUACAAUGACGACGUGCUGACUAAAGACGCAGGCGAGUGUGUGAUCUGCCUGGAGGAGCUGCUUCAGGGAGACACGAUAGCCAGGCUGCCCUGCCUGUGCAUUUACCACAAAAGCUGCAUAGACUCGUGGUUUGAAGUGAACAGAUCUUGUCCAGAACACCCUGCGGACUGACCCUGCUGGGCUCGCUUGCUGACUCCUCUCAAAGACAGGCCGCCGGAGCAGCAUCCCAGAGCCCCCUGCAGAGCCGACGAAGGACUGCUCUGGAGGAGUCCGCUCCAACCUCUGCCCCUCUCCGUGCUCUGCUGCCUCUAACCUACCAGGCCCUGGCUCUGCAGCCGUCUUCCAUGAGACGCUUCCUGAAGCACCUACUCUGCAAGGGCAUUGCAGGCCCGUGAGCUAAGGGACACGCACGCUCAGCGUGUUCAGAAAAAUACGAAAGAAGAGGAUGUGUCUGAGCUGGGCCUUGGAGUCAGACCCUCCUGAAGCGGAGACCCCCAGGACCGGUGCUCACCAUGGUGGCCAGGAUGUGGGCUCAAAACUGUCUGCAUGUGGCUCCUCUACUUGGCAGAAUGAUCUUGAGAAAAUGACUUUACUCAUCUAAACCUCAGAUUCCUCGCAUGUGAAAGGACAAAGUCAUGCAACUCAAAGGUCACCGUGAGGGUCAGAGAGUCUGCCCAGAAGCCCCUGGCACGUGCAGAGCAGGCUCUCCCUUAGCUACGUCACCACAAAGAGCAUUGUUCUAUUCACAGCACCGCCUGCUUCUGCCUGGCAACUGUGUCUCCCUGUUCUAUAUUUAAUUCCUCCAGCAAAGCUCGCCCUGAAGGAGAUCUCCUUGCCUGACCCCUGGGCUGCAGGCAGAGGGCUAUAUGCCCACCUCCGUUGCUUAGGCCUGGAGGCUUUGGCAACAUCUGUGAGCCAGGUGGGGCAGGGCUAGAGCCCACACCAGGUGCUAUUCCAGGCUCCUGGGGCUGAUGCUAACUCCCCUCCUCACCCCCAACGACUUGCCCUCCCACCUGGCACACUGCAGCCCUCUGCUGACUACUGGGUCCUCCGGAUCCAGAUCUGGAUUGCCAGCUCCUGCGUGGGGGUGGGCCAGGGUGUGUGGGCUUCCCAGGUAGAACUGAUGUCUGCCAUCCUCCGCCCAGACAGCUCUCAGAGGGGAGGGGAGGGCAGGAGCCAGGGGGUGGGUUCCACCCACUGUCUUUGGGGGCUUCCUGGUCAGGAGCACCUCACUAGUAUAAAAUCAUCUAGUAGCAUUUAAUGUUGUUGAGGUUUAUAGGAGAAUGUCCUUAUUCUUAAGAGACAGAUGGUGAAUUAUGUAGGUGAAUGAUGUCAAGAAAUAUGUAAAUUUCAAAUGGGUUUCUCCAGAAUACACCCAACAAAUAAGACAAAAAUAUUCCUUGUUGAAUCUUCAGUGGCUGGUAUGUCAGUGAACAGUGUACUUGUUCUUUCAACUCUUCUGUAUGUUUGGAAUUUUUCCUAAUAAAAAAAUUAUGGG